AUCGAAUCAGCAGUCAUUCGCGACAAAAAUGAAGCUAGAAUUAAGAUAGCGCGAGGUGGUGGUGGAGAAAGAUCAGUCAAAACAUACCACGGUAAGAGGCGUGGCUCGAGCCGGACUUCUUGGUCGCGCCGGUGGAGGUAGCUUUCUUGGGAGGCAUUUUGGUUAGGAGAAAAGGAAGACGUUGAUGAAAGUGGAAUCAGAUAGAUGAUGAAAGAUGUUUAAUAGACACAGGAGAUGUCUCGACAAACGUCAGGUUCAAGCAGGGGGGUGGGAGAUGGGGAGAAUUGUGGCAGAAGAGAAGAAAAGCAGUCGACGAGGGAAGGGGUGGAAGGGCCGCGGGGCAUCCGCGCUUUAUAGGGCAGCGGGUGUUGACACAGGAUCACCCUCUGUCUGUCUGCUCUGCUCUGCUCUCAGAAACGAGACGAGACGAGCACAACACGUCAAAAGUAUUUCUCUUUUUGCUAAUUUGAUUUUUUUUUUUCACUCUCUAUGGAUUUUGAUGAUGAUUUUCUUUUUCUCUUUUCUUUUUUUUAAAAUCUUCAUCUAAUAUAUUUUGGUAGUUUUGCUUAUGGUAAAGUAGAUGUGUUUGAU